CGAUGAUUUCUUCAACUGGAAUUCAUCGGAGGCUAAAGGCCAUGUUAAAGGCUAUCUUUCGGAAUCGUUUGGAAACACCGAAGUGCUCGUGGAUGUGUUCGCCUUGAGCCCGUAUGGCCCAGUGUGUUAUGCCCUGUGUAUCAUUUAUUUCGUGUGUAGCAAGCUAUAACCACACACUGUAACAAAUAAUAUAUACGUGUUUAUUUAUCGCUAUUCGAAUACGCUUGAUUAGCAUAUACGCAAGCAUCUAGCUACGCCUACGUUCCUUCCUACAGCUGAUACGUCGGCAUAGCUUUGUUUUUCCUCUCUAUGAAAUGUCGUGAGCCAUAUUCUCCGCGGCCGAGAGAGUUAUUCGACGCGUGUCUCUACGGGUUUCGAGUAGUGAAUUAUUAUUCGACAAAAUAUUUUUGACACUUCAUUUGGUAUAUUUUGACAGUUGCUUCGUGACAAGAAGCUGCUUGACGCCAUGAUGUUUGAGGGCUUGCUUCCGAAGACUGUUGAUAUUUAGUGGCAAAUCAUGUUGCAGGACGGAAUAUGCGAGACUGAGGAUAUACUAAAUAGUGCACCUCCUAAAAAGACUAUUCAUGCUGAUACUGUUGACUUGUCUGACAAGUCACUGCAGGUGGAUAUUUCAGAUGCGCUCAGUGAAAAAGAUAAAGUUAAAUUUACUGUGCAUACCAAGACUACUUUGCCUGAAUUUCAAAAACCAGAGUUCCUUGUGGUUAGGCAGCAUGAGGAAUUUGUCUGGCUUCAUGAUCGAUUUGAGGAGAACGAAGAGUAUGCUGGGUAUAUUAUUCCACCAGUGCCACCUCGACCUGACUUUGAUGCUUCAAGAGAAAAAUUACAAAAAUUGGGUGAGGGCGAAGGAACAAUGACACGAGAAGAAUUUACAAAAAUGAAACAAGAAUUAGAAGCAGAAUAUCUAGCUACUUUUAAAAAGACAGUAGCAAUGCAUGAAAUGUUCCUUACGAGACUUGCUCAUCACCCAGUGUUUCGAAAUGAUCAUAACCUUAGAGUGUUCCUAGAAUAUGAUCAAGAUCUCUGCGUAAGAGGAAAGAAUAAAAUGGAAAUGUUUGGUGGAUUGGUGAAGUCGUUUUCAAAAACGACAGACGAGUAUUAUCUUUCGGCAACUGUGAAGGAUGUGAAUGAUUUUUUCGAUCAAGAAAUGACAUUUCUACAGCAAUACCAUCAUAAUCUAAAAGAAGCAACAAGUCGUGCUGACCGACAGACAGCAAAACAUAAAGACGUUGCAGAUUCGUACAUAAAAAUAUCAACUAAUUUACUUCAAUUGGCUAUAAUAGAUACUGGAAAAUUGGAAAGGUUUCUCACUAAAAUUGCAGAGACUUUUGAGAAAUUGAGGAAAGUGGAAGGACGCGUAGCGUCAGACGAGGAUCUCAAAUUGUCGGAUACUCUUCGUUAUUACAUGAGAGAUACGGCAGCCGCAAAAAGGCUGCUCUUCCGAAGAUUAAAGGCGUUGCACGCCUACGAAACAGCGAAUCGCACGCUGGAAAAGGCUCGUGCGAAAAAUAAGGAUGUUCACGCGGCUCUGGAGGUUGCAGAGGCCGAACAGGCGCAGACCGAAGCUUGCGAAAAGUUUGAGCAGAUGUCCGACAAGGGCAAAGAAGAACUAACGGAUUUCAAGACGAGACGCGUUGCUGCUUUUAAGAAGAAUCUUAUAGAACUCACAGAACUGGAGAUUAAACACGCCAAGACGCACGCAGAAUUGCUCAAAAAGUGUUUGACGGUCCUUCGAGAAGAGUGAUCGAAGUCUGCCAAUAGUCAUGGCUCUAUCACCAUGCAUCCUCAACAUGCAAAUAACAGUUUAUUUAACGAAUAAUGAUAAUAUAACGAUAUUGUAAAAUAUUAUAUUUUUUGUUAUCGCUAGAUUAGCAGGAUAUCGAAUAAAAAGAUAUUGUAUUAGGGGCCGCGAGGGGUGGUUUGUUCUCCUUCGUAAAACAGCCACAGCAUCGUCUGUUUUUCAAUUUUUUUUUCUUGGAUCUUGUUGUAUCGAUCAAUCUAACAAAUUUAUAAUCUUCUUUCUCUCUAUUAGAAAACUUGUAAUAUCAGUUUUUAUUUACCACCGGUUAUUAGUUUUACAUUAAAGCCUUUCAUUUAGGGGUUCGCAUUUAUCUAAUAUGAUUGAUCGAUUUUAUUGUGCGAUUCUUUAUAUUCUUAUAGCAUAUCAGUCUAUAUAAGUAAACUAUAGAUACUGUUUAUUCUUAGAUAUCAAUUAAUUAUCUAUUGUUAUUUUUUCAAAAUAAUUAUCAUUAUUGAACUAAUUGUUUAUGAUCCCUUGAAGAUUAUUUCCUCGCCAGUUACAAAUCCUAAUGGCGACAGGCUCAAAGGACAUAGAUACGUUAUCUAUACAAUUGUUCCAUUUAUAAGAUACUUGGAUACAAAUAAUUGUCUCCCGUUAUUUCUCGUGAUAAGAAUUAGUAAGUAACAUUGAUAAAGAUUCAUUAACUAUUUUGUUUUGCUCAGAUUAAAUCAUUGUGAUGAUAAAGGAACGAAGCCAGAAGGACAAGAAGGAGCUUCUGGAGAAAAUGAAGGAUAAAUGAAAAUCACCUGAUACUUUAUACGAUUCUUUCAAUUAUUCUUAAUACGUAAUUAACUUUGUAAUUAUAAAUCAUAACACUGAGCCAAACGUCUUUCACGUGCAAUGCAAUCCGCCUAGUUAGGAUCCCCUCAGACCCCUCGCAGGUUGAUAAAUCUUGAAUCUAUAAAGCGUUACAUUUAUAAAGUAAGUCCUUCUAUAUUAUAUAAAUAAAGUAUACGUAUACACAAACGGACAAACGAUAA